AAAACCCAUAAAAAGAAUGGUUUGAUUCUCCUCUGCCGUGUGUCGUCUUCAGUUCAUUUCACCAAAUGGGUUUCUUUUCAAAACCCUUUACCCUCAUCUCUCUUCUCCUAGCCUUCUUCACCAACCUCGAGCUCAUCCCCAUGUCUAAAUCCGACUCUGACUACACUUCCUUGGUUUACAAAGGCUGUUCUAGCCAACCCUUAUCAGACCCAUCUGGGGUUUACUCUCAAUCCCUCUCAACCCUUUUCGGUUCAUUAGUUUCUCAGUCUUCAAAGACCAAAUUCUUCCAAACCACUGCAGGUAACGCUCAAUCCACCAUUUCCGGUCUAUUUCAGUGCAGAGGUGACCUAACCAACAUGGAUUGUUACAACUGUGUGAGUAAACUUCCAACCCUAACCGACAAACUAUGUGGAAAGCAAGUUUCCGCUAGAAUUCAGCUUUUGGGUUGCUAUAUGCUCUACGAAGUUUCUGGGUUUCCUCAGAUUUCAGGCAUGAAGAUGCUUUACAAGACAUGCAGUGGGAAAAACGUAGAGGGGAGUGGAUUUGAGGAGAGAAGGGACACUGCACUUUCAUCUCUUGAGAAUGGGAUUGUAAGUGUAAAUGGGAAUGGAUUUUACAUGACCAGCUAUGAAUCUGUGUAUGUUUUAGGUCAAUGUGAAGGUGAUUUGGGAAGUGGGGAUUGUGGGGAUUGUGUUAAGAGUGCUGUACAGACUUCUCAGGUUGAAUGUGGAAGUUCUAUAUCAGGACAGGUUUAUCUUCAUAAAUGCUUUAUUAGCUAUAGCUAUUAUCCUAAUGGGGCCCCAAAGAGAUCUGAUUCUUCAUCUUCCUCCUCAUCAGGGUCAGGGACAGAUGCAAAGAAGACUGUAGCUAUUAUUUUGGGUUCAUUAGCUGGAGUUGGGUUAUUAGUCAUUUUGUUACUUGUUCUCAAGAAUGCUGUGAAGAAGAAGCAUGAUGAUUAUUGAAAUAUGAAGGUGGAUUCGAUUCUAAAGGAGGGCAAUGUUCUUACUUCUUUGUGAGAGGUUAGAUCCUAUCAGCUCUCAUUCAUGAAAGUGUAUUGGAUUUGCUCACUUAGUAGGAAGAUUAUUUUUUGUUUGUUUAGAAUGUGAAGAAGUUAUCUAAUGUGUAUUUAGCAAAUUCAAUGAAUAUUCUUAUGUUAUAAUUGAC